AAUGUCUUAUAUUACAAAAGUAGCAAGUCAUGCACACCGCCGCCUCCUUCCGCCGAAUCAACCGCUGACGUCAUGCUAACCGCUGCAUCUUGGUUCCAUACGCCUUGGCGUCGCAUCCUCUUAUUUCUCCUCUGUUCACCUCUCCUUCUACUUCUUCUCUGUCUUUCAAUCCCUCUCCUAUGUGCCGUCGAGAUCUUCAGCCUCAUCGUCAGCCGGUUCGUGAAACCUCCACCUUCCUCCUCCGCCGUAGAAGAAGUCAUCGCCGUUGAUGAAGAUGCUUUACUGAGAUGUGAGGAAGGGUUUGGAGUUGAAGUAGAAGUUGAGAAUGGAGAAAGUGGUUUGCUUCAUAGAUACUUAGAUGAUCAGUUGAGUUUGGCUAGAUCCAUUUGCGAAGAUGACGACGGCGAUCACGAACGUGAUUUAAUUAGGGUUCCUCUUUUGUCGUAAUUUUAUUUUGUUUUACUUCAAAAUUUUAUAUGUGAAUAUUCCUUUUUUUACUCCAAAUUUUAAAAUGUAGAUAAAUGAAUAUAUGUCCAAUUUAUCUCAAUUUAUGUUUUUACUUUAAUU